AUGCCGACUCCCAGGGAUAGUACAGAUCACCUUCCUUUACUACUGGAGAGGUCAACCCACACAACAUGCCCCCCUGAGGAAGAUCGGCCAGGACAAUGGAGGGUAGAAGUACUCGACCGUCUUGGUCGGGCGGCUCUAGACAGCACACUCAGUGAACGGGCGUUGGGGCAACAAGAUGAUGUACCUGUCGAACCAGAGAGCCCAAACGUCAUGGAUAUCACCAUCGACCCGGCGCACGACAAAACAUCCGACCAAACAAAUACAAUGGACCUAGCAGAGGCUUCCCUGUUGGGUGAAAGCCCAUCGAGCCCGCAUGCAGAUGAUAAGGAAGAGGAGCACGUUCAACCAUCUGCGUCUACGUCUUCUGCCCUCGACCUUUAUUAUUCGAUACGCUUUGGUGUAGAAAGCAACCGAUUGAUUCAAACACACACCUCCUCUAUGCUUCGCGCUGGCAGCAAAUUCCGUGGCACACAGCAGUCUGACAGUCAAAAAUACAACGUGGAAGUUGACAUCAAGACCGUUGACAUGUGCGAGUCUUUCGUCUGUGGCUAUCUCAAGAUUGAAGGGCUAACACCCGAACACGCUACCCUCACUACUUUCUUCGAAGGAGAGAUCAUCGGCCCAAAGUAUACCUUCCAGACCCGUCAUGAAGAUUGGGGCGCCAGCGACAAAGAGGAUAUGAAGCAUUGGGCGCGCUUCCCUGCAUGGCGGCCUCUUGCGAAGCAAGCUAAGAAGCCCGACUUCCAUUAUAAACACAGCACAAACCGGGAAAACAUGUUCAUGCGCUGGAAAGAGAAAUUCCUGGUGCCAGAUCAUCGUGUGCGCGAGAUUAACGGUGCGAGCUUCGAGGGGUUUUACUAUAUCUGCUUCAACCAAGUAGCGGGCACUAUCAAUGGAAUCUAUUUCCAUUCUUCGAAUAGUCACCAUAAUAACAACAAUAGGUUCCAACAGCUUGAGCUAACGUGGUUGAACGAUCGUGGCUGCUUCGGCGCCAUGGAGUUCCGAUGA